UUCAUGAUUGGCUGAUUAUCUUCCAUCCUUAAUGCCCGCUUCACUAUUCAACGAGGAAGAUCGAGCUGGUCUGUAUUCGGAGUGCAGGGUUGGAAAUUGGUUUGUGAAGCAGAACCAUGGCGAUGAAACUGGCUUACUGGGAUAUCAGGGGGCUUGCUCAGCCCAUUCGUCUGCUGCUGGAGUUCACCGGCACGAAGUACGAGGAGAAGCUGUAUGCCUGUGGUGAAGCCCCUGAUUAUGAUAAAAGCUGCUGGUUCGAUGAAAAGGAGAAGCUUGGAAUGAACUUUCCCAAUCUGCCCUACCUUGAGGAUGGCGACAGGAAGAUUGUCCAGAGUAAUGCCAUCAUGCGGUACAUCGCACGCAAACACAACAUGUGUGGGGAGUCUGAGGAUGAGAAGAUCCGGGUGGAUGUUAUGGAGAACCAGGCAAUGGACUUUCGCAAUGGCUUCGUCAUGAUGUGCUACACCGACUUUGACAAAAUAAAGCCUGGUUAUGUGCAGAAGCUACCUGGUCUGCUGAAACAGUUUUCUGACUUCCUGGGAGACAGGAAGUGGUUUGCUGGUGAUAAGAUCACCUUUGUGGACUUCAUCAUGUACGAGCUACUGGACCAGCAUCGCAUGUUUGAGCCCAAGUGCCUGGACGACUUCAAGUCCCUAAGCGAUUUCCUGGACAGGUUUGAGGGGCUGGAGAAGAUCGCGGCCUACAUGAAGUCCAAGAAUUUCAUGAAGACCCCAGUGAACAACAAGAUGGCCAAGUGGGGGAACAAGAAGGAGUAAAACCAGUGCGAUGGGAACAGGGUCCCCCAGUCCACCCUCAGUAUUGUAACUCUGUUAACAGCAAAUACAGACACAUACAUGUACUAAUGCAGCUUGUGUUGUAACAGCACUGAAAGGUACAGCGGUAUUUUUACUGUAAAUUUACAUGAAAUGCCUAAAUGUGCUAUGAGAGAUGACCACUAAUCAUACUGUGUGCAUGCUGGCUGGGGGGGGGGCUUUUUGGCAGUGGAUAGAAUGUGCCUACAGAAAGUCAGGUGCUGUGUAACCCUUUGUCCUCUUUAAUCAUAAAUUCUAUGGAUUGCACCCCAAAAAGUUGAAUUGUAAUGCAUUGUCCUACUUUUGUAACAUUGUCUUACAGCACUUAUAGAACAAGCAUUUUCCUCUAACCUCAAGUGACUUGAUUGUUGUGCUGUGUGGUUCUCACAACAUGCAGAGCUUCUUUUGUAAUUUUCACAGGUGUGUAAUUAUGGUUUCAGAGAACUAAGUUAAGCAAUAAACUCUUUUCUGUGAAGAAUAA